AAUAGCAGUAAACACAAAUGUCGGCAUCAAUCACCACCAAGUCCACAAGUACGCAAGAUGCGUCCAGUCUCUCACUUAUCGCCGCCCAUUCCCAUAUCUCUGGGUUGGGCCUCGAUGACAAUUUACAACCCAAGGAAAGUUACCAAGGUAUGGUUGGCCAAUUACAGGCCCGUAAGGCUAUGGGUGUCAUUUUGAAGAUGAUUCAAGCCGGAAAGAUUGCAGGAAGAGCAGUUCUCUUGGCUGGUCCUCCAAGUACCGGUAAGACUGCGCUUGCCAUGGGAUUGAGCCAGAAUCUUGGUGCUGAAGUCCCAUUCACAGCUAUUACUGGAUCUGAGAUUUUUUCAUUGGAAUUGAGCAAGACCGAACUGUUGACCCAAGCAUUUAGAAAGUCUAUUGGAGUCAGAAUCAAGGAAGAAACCGAAAUGAUUGAAGGGGAAGUUGUCGAAAUUCAAAUUGACCGUUCCAUUACUGGUGGUCACAAGCAAGGAAAGUUGACUAUCAAGACUACUGAUAUGGAAACCAUUUACGAAUUGGGUAAUAAAAUGAUUGAAGGUUUGACAAAAGAGAAAGUCUUGGCUGGGGAUGUUAUCUCUAUUGACAAGGCCCUGGGUAAAAUUACCAAGUUAGGGAAAUCAUUCACUAGAGCCAGGGAUUAUGAUGCCAUGGGACCAGAAACUAAAUUUGUGCAAUGUCCAGAAGGUGAGUUGCAAAAACGUAAAGAAGUGGUUCACACUGUUUCCUUGCACGAAAUUGACGUUAUAAAUUCCAGACAACAGGGGUUUUUGGCCUUGUUUUCCGGGGACACUGGUGAAAUUAGACAAGAAGUUAGAGAUCAAAUCAACACUAAAGUAGCUGAAUGGAAAGAAGAAGGAAAAGCUGAAAUUGUUCCUGGUGUGUUGUUUAUUGACGAAGUUCAUAUGUUGGAUAUUGAAUGUUUUUCAUUUAUUAAUCGUGCGUUGGAAGAUGAAUUCUCCCCCAUUGUGAUUAUGGCCACCAAUAGAGGUAUUACUAGAACUAGAGGCGCCAAUUAUAAAUCUCCACAUGGAUUGCCUAUGGAUUUAUUGGAUAGAUCAAUCAUUGUUCAUACUACUUCAUACAGCGGAGAUGAAAUCAGGACGAUUCUUUCCAUCAGAGCCAACGAAGAAGAAGUUGACUUGACUGGUGAUGCCCUUGCAUUGUUGACUAAGAUCGGACAAGAAACCAGUCUAAGAUAUGCUAGUAAUUUAAUUGCUGUUUCUCAACAAAUUGCUGCUAAAAAGAGAAACACCAGUGUUGAAUUACAAGAUAUUAAACGAGCAUACAUGUUGUUUUUGGAUUCUGACAGAUCAGUACAAUACUUGGAAGAAAACUCUUCUCAAUACAUUGACGAUUCUGGUAAUGUUACUUUUGGACAACAAGUAGCUGAUUCUGAACCAAAGCUAGAAGAUAAACCAGUAGAAGAUGAUAAGAUGGAAACUGAUUAGAAUGUUUAUGUGUAUUUUUAUAUAUAUAUAU